AUGUCUGGCACAACAGACCAGCACGGCGAAAAGACGGCCAUGGCCUCUCCAGGGCCGCAGUUGCAUCCCGACAAGGAGGCUCGCGAUGCCGAAAACCUAGACAAGGCGAUGGCCUACGCCAUUGACGAGAUUGAGGAGCACUUUGACAUCGAGUCCGACAACUCGCCGUACCCCGAAGUCCGCGCUAACGUGCCUAACACGGAUGACCCGUCCAUGCCCGUCAACACGCUCCGCAUGUGGGUUCUCGGCGUCCUCUUCACCAUGGUCGGCUCCGGCAUCAACCAGUUCUUCUCUAUGAGGUACCCAGGCGUCACCAUCUCAUCUUUGGUGGCACAACUCAUCGCCUACCCCGUCGGAUGCGCCGCGGCCCGUAUCCUGCCAGUGAAGAAGGUGCGAGUCUUCGGCCGCUGGGACCUGGUGAUCAAUCCGGACCACUACUUCAACAUCAAGGAGCACGCGGUCAUCACCAUCAUGUCCAACCUAUCUUUCGGACCUUCGUGGGCUACUGACAUCAUUCAAGCGCAGAAGGCGUCGGCGUUCUACGGGCUCGACACACCGGUCGCGUACCAAUUCCUGCUAGGCCUCUCGAUGCAGCUGUUCGGUCUUGGUAUGGCUGGACUGGCGUAUCGCUUCAUCGUAGAGCCUCCUCACAUGAUCUGGCCAUCGACACUGGCCAACGCUGCGCUGUUUCAGACACUUCAUGGCCGGGCGAACCCUUUAGCAGACGGUUGGAGGAUCACAAGAUAUCGGUUCUUUCUUUAUGUCUUUGUCGGGGGGUUCUUCUGGUACUGGCUUCCGGGGUAUCUGUUUACUGGUCUGAGCACCUUUGCAUUUGUCUGCUGGGCUGCUCCGAACAACGUUGUAGUCAACAAUCUAUUCGGCAUGUCGACGGGCCUAGCCUAUCUACCCAUUACCUUUGACUGGUCUCAGAUCGCCUAUAACGGAUCGCCUUUGGUCGUUCCGUUCUGGGCGCAAGCUAAUGUCUUUGCUGGAUGGGUCAUCCUCUUUGCUCUCGUAACACCGAUUCUAUACUACACCAAUACGUGGUAUACCGCAUUCCUCCCCUUCUCAGGCGCAGAUACCUACGACAAUACUGGCAAGAUCUACAAUGCUACCCGCGUAGUAGGCAAAGAUGGCAAUUUUAUCGUGGAGGAGUACGAGAAAUACAGCCCCCUCUUCAUGCCCGUCACCUUCGCACUCAGCUAUGGCAUAUCGUUUGCGACAAUGACCUGCGUGCCGACGUACAUCUUCAUUAAUUACUACAAAGACAUCAUCGGCGCAUUUAAACCGAGCAGGAAGAAGGAUAUCCACACCCGCCUGAUCGAGAGAUACCCAGACACACCAUGGUGGUGGUACGGCAUCAUGACGGCCGCCGUGCUGGUGUUGACAAUCAUCGUGCAAGAGGUCUACAAAACCCAAAUGCCUGUCUGGGGCGUUUUCGUGGCCUUUGGAUUAGCUCUGAUCUACCUGAUCCCGACCGGCAGCGUCUACGCCGUCGCAAACCUCAACAGUAACGUACUCACGGUCCUGGGCGAAAUCAUCUCGGGAUACGCCAUACCGGGAAAGCCUAUCGUCAUGCUUAUUUUCAAGUUCUACGCCUACACGGGUCUAAGCCAGGCCAUGAUCUUCUCCUCGGACAUGAAGCUCGGCCUGUACAUGAAGAUUCCCCGGAGAACGCUGUUUGUAGCCCAAUUGGCGGCUUGUAUCACGGGCUCUCUCACGCAGAAUGCCGUUCUCUUGUGGAUGCUGAACCAUGUCAAGGACAUUUGCCACGAAACUCAGCCCAAUGGCUACACCUGCCCGCAAGGACGGGUUAACUUCUCUUCGAGCAUCGUUUGGGGUGCCAUCGGCCCAGCACGGCUAUACAGCGUUGGCAAGAUAUAUUCUGGUCUGUUGCAUCUCUUCUGGAUUGGGGCACUGUUACCCGUGGUGACGUUCUUCCUCAAGAAGAGAUUCCCAGAAAAUAAGUUCCUGAGAUACCUUCACUGGCCUCUCUUCUUUGCAGGAACGGGCAACGUUCCUCCCGCCACAGGGAUCAACUACACCUCGGCUUUUGUCGUCUCCUUCAUCUUUAAUAAGUGGCUCAAGGGCAAAUUUCCUCAAUGGUGGGCAAAGUACAACUACGUCCUAUCUGCCGCUCUCGACUCUGGCCUAGCCAUAUCCGCCAUCGUCAUCUUCUUUGCUCUCGUUUUCCCCGGUGUCCAGCUAAGCUGGUGGGGUAAUAAUGUUCAGCGUUCGACCAUCGACGGCCAAGGCGUUCCCUUGAAGGCUGUGCCGUCAAAUGGCACAUUUGGCCCAGCAACCUGGUCUUAG